UUCCGACCACACACCAACUAGAGUGUACUUAGAGCAAGACUUGACGAAGAGUUCUCUGCUUCUUAAUCUGAAUCCAAAUUCGAAUCCGAAUCAAUGAAGGAAAUAUCUGUAAGGAAACGAGGAUUCCACGGUUUUAUGGGUUUGAAUCUAUAAUGCUUAACCAUGUAAAAAGCACUUCGAUGAUUAAUCAGGUGAUUUUUUUUUUGAGUAACCUGUUACGUUUUCUGUGACUUUUCAAUAUUGAAACAAGCAAGUCCAGAGAAUUCUCUCAACGGUGACGUCACCAAUGACAUUGAAGCCUACUUGCUUGACCCGAAAACAAGACCUCGGCUUGUUUAAACACCACAAGCCAUAACCGUAGAAGCAAGAACAUAGAGGGGGGAGAGAGAGAGAGUCCCAAUGGGGGAGAAAGAGGAAGUGAAGCUGCUGGGGAUGUGGGCGAGCCCUUACAGCCGUCGGAUUGAGAUGGCUCUCAAACUCAAAGGUGUCCCGUACGAAUACUCAGAGCAAGAUAUAUUCGACAAGAGCCCUCUGCUUCUUCAGCUGAAUCCUGUUCACAAGAAGGUUCCUGUCCUCAUCCACAAUGGCCAAACUAUGGUGGAGUCCCUUGUGAUUCUUGAAUACAUUGAUGAAACAUGGAAACUCAAUCCCAUUCUGCCUCAAGAUCCCUACGGGCGAGCCAUGGCUCGAUUUUGGGCCAAGUUCGUCGAUGAACAGAUCUUGACUGUGGGUGGUAAAUCCUUUGUGAAAGCAGAGAAAGGAAGAGAAGCAGCAAUAGAAGACACCCAACAACUGUUAAAGUGUCUUGAGAAAGAGCUAGUAGGAAAAGAUUUCUUCGGGGGCAAGAAUGUCGGAUUCUUGGACAUUGUGGCUUCGACCAUGGUGCCCUUUUGUCUGACUAGAUUGUGGGAAGCAUUCGAAGCCGAUGUGAUUCCUGAAGAGUUGUUUCCAGAAAUUCACAGAUGGACCAGAAACUUAUACGAGAUCGAUUUCAUAAGGGACUGCAUUCCUCCUAAAGAGAAACACCUCCACCAUGUGAAGGCUGCUUCAGAGAGAUUCAAAUCGGCCUAAGACAGGAUUUCAUGGUCCAA